GGGCACAUCGAUGAAGAUUUGGCAGCACUUGGCAGCAGCCCCACUAAAAGGGUUUUUGUUGAACCCUAUGCAAUUGCAAUGCGAGAGGGCAUGUUCCGUGUUGUCAAAUCCAAAGAAAGAAUACCAGCAAAUAUCCUCAGGCUACAACAGGUCUAUGAUCGUGAGAUCAUGGCAGGUCGUCCAAAGAGGUCCAACACCCCUAAGGGUAGUGAAGAGAAAAAUUCUAAAAAACCUGGUGAUCAGACUAAAUCUUCAGACGAAGGUCCUUCAACGCCUUCUAAAACAAAAAAGCCUUCAUUGGGAGCAAAGGGGACUCCGCCUAAGCCAAAGCCUUCAUCCUCCUUGCUGCGAUCGACCGAAUCUCGUCCAGAAGCCGGGCAGUCCAGUAGUAAUAAUAAAGUCAAAGCAUUGGAAGAAGAGAGGAUUCGGGCUUCUAAAGAGUCAAGGAAAUGGUUGAAAAUGGGAGAGUCCGACGACCCUUUUCAUACACAGAAAAUACGAAAGACAUCCCACCCCCAAUAAAGCAGCUGUGCCUUAAAAUUGAAGACAGCAGUUUGAAAUAUCCCACACGCACAAAGAAGAGGUACUCUGUUGGACAUUGAGCUGCUAAAUUCUCAGAAUGCAGUCUCUCGAAUUUCGGACCAUCGGAUACUCCGACCACGAUUUCCUCAACUGCAG